CAAAACUUCUUUUUUCCUCCCGCGGUCACAAGGCAUUAGUAGUGUUUUACUUCGCUCGUUAUCCGUACUCCCCUGAUCAAAACAUAUAGAUAGAAAAUAACUCUCCGUUUGAGAUUGGCUUGUCAAUGUCUAUGAGGUCCUACUUUGUACCCGGCUGAGGAUUUCCUACGUGCUCAAGCAUAUUUGCUGCGAGGUGUCUACUGAGCAAUACCUCUAUCUUACUCUCCGCGAGGCUCCUCGAUACCUUCUACAUCUGCUCUUAGGCCUAUGGAUGCAAAUGUCUAUGUCUUGAUUAUACCUCAAGCUACAUUCCGCCAGCAUAUUCAGCCCUGUCACCCUUCAUCAAUACGAACACACCAAGCUGCUGCGGCCCUCAAAAUAGCUCCCGAGAUAUCAUGGGAAUUCAGCACUGCAUUCUCAAAUAUUGGUGUGUUUCCUUCGACCUCAACAUCGCACUGUACGCGAUGCAGUAAAGUGUAUCAAAAGUCGGCGAAAAUUGCAGCAAGUGUCGUUGGGAGAUGCGAAGAAUGCUUGAUUCUUUGAGAGUGGGCGUUGAAGCUGGGGACCAAGAGCAAUUGAAUACAGGAAACAAGGUAGCCGAGGUUAACUUAUUGAUGGUCAAG